AGGGAGGCGGAGUGAAUGUUCGGCCUCGGCUCUGGGUAACAAAACCGCAACGCGUUCGCUGGAUGAUCGUCAGUGCAUUCCUCGGCAGUGUUCCUGAGAUUGCUACUCAAUGAUUUUCCUCGCUCCGUAUUGCCACAUCGAUGCAUGCAACGUUUCGCCAUCGGGUUAAAUUAGUUCAGUAAGCUAAAGGAGGCGGACAAGUACUGAAGAGUAGGCGCUCUAAUUUUAUACCUGUGCGUGUGUUCAAAGACACGCGCGCGCAUCAUUGACAUCGUCAGCGUUGUAAUUCACCGGUGCGUUGUGGGUUAUAGAGUUGGUAACCAGGAGGGACGAUUCGCGCUCUAGGUAAUCAGAUCCGCGUAGAACUAAAGCCACUCAGGACGUCACUGAGAGCCAGAGCCCCAGUGCGAGGAGACGCAAGGAUACAUAUACCAGCGCGUGUGCGAGUCGAGUUGAACGACGCGCGUCUGCGCUGCGUCGUCGUCGUUUCUUAUUCGUCUUGUGGAAGUCGGAAGACGGGAGAGACAUGGCCACGGUGGUUGAGAAGAAAAGGGUGUACUCGGAGCGGCGCAAGGAGAAGUCCCGUGACGCGGCGCGGUGCCGGCGUGGCUGGGAGACGGAGGUGUUCGCCCAGCUGGCGCGGGAGCUGCCGCUGCCGCCCGCGGCCUCCGCCGCGCUGGACAAGGCGUCGGUGAUGCGCCUCGCCAUCAGCUACCUGCGCCUGCGCCAGCUGCUGCCGCCCAACCGGCUGUCCCGGUGCGACGCGGCGGCUGCUGCAGCGGCGGUGGAGGAGGUGGAAGAGGACCACGCUGGCGAAUCCGGCAGCUCCCUGGACGCCCUCACCCUGAGGGCCCUCGAGGGCUUCGUGAUGGUGCUGUCGAGCGAAGGCGACAUGACCUACCUGUCCGACAACGUCGGCAAGCACCUGGGACUGCCGCAGGUGGAGAUGACGGGGAACAGCAUCUUUGAGUUCGUCCACCCGUGUGACCAGGAGGAACUCAGGGAGGUUCUCGCGCAGAAACGCGGCGCUGCCAGGAAGGGUGCGGACGCUGGCACGGAGAGGGACUUCUUCGUCCGGAUGAAGUGCACCAUCACCAGCCGCGGCAAAACCGUCAACCUCAAGUCGGCCACGUGGAAGGUCCUGCACUGCACGGGUCACAUGCGCGUGUGCGGUGACCCCUCGGGGUCAUUCCCGGAGGGGAUGGAGCAGCAACAACAACAGCGGCAGCAGCAUCAACAACACCAACAGCAGCAGCAGCUUCAUCAUCAUCAUCAUCAGCAGCAGCAGCAACAGGCAUCGCCUCGUGCAUUCCUUGGAGCGCCGUCGGUGUCCAGGGCGUCGUCCAUCCCGGCCGCCAACUGCCUGGUGCUCCUCUGCUCGCCGAUCCCGCACCCGGCCAGCAUCGAGACGCCGCUCGACAGCCGCACCUUCCUGACGCGCCACGCCAUGGACAUGAAGUUCACCUACUGCGACGAGAGGAUAACCGACCUGAUUGGGUACCACCCGAAGGAGCUGCUCGGCCGCUCGGUGUACGAGUACUACCACGCGCUCGACACGGAGCGCGUCACCAAGUCCCACCACCACCUGUUUGGCAAGGGUCAGGCGACGACCGGCCACUACCGGAUGCUGGCGAAGCGCGGCGGCUUCGCGUGGGUGGAGACACAGGCCACGGUCAUCUACAGCCCGCGCAACGCACAGCCGCAGUGCGUGGUGUGCGUCAACUACGUGCUCAGCGGCGUGGAGGAGACCGGCACGGUGCUGUCGCUGGAGCAAACGGAGCGGCUGCUGAAGACUCGGCCCGGCGAUUCGUCGCCGCCGUCGUCACCAUGCGCCAACCUCGGCGGCAUCGUUGGCGCCGCGACGAUGGGCGAGUCGCUCUUCAUUAAGCUCAAGGAGGAGCCGGACGAGCUGGCGCUCAUCGCCCCCACGGCCGGCGACGAGGUCAUCAGCCUGAACUUCGGACUCGGCCAUCGCUGCGGCGGUGGCGGUGGCCUGCAGCAUCCGCCGUCGUACUCGGACCUCUCUCUCUACGACGACGUGGCACUGCCCAGCCCCGAGCGGGGGGACCGCGAGCCUCCGCUCGGGUUGCCCCUCACUCCGCCGAUGGCCGCCCAGCGGGAGCCGUGCCCGCCCCGCGACUCUGCCUCCGCCGCCUUCUUCUGCGACGCGCGAGUGCCGCAGCCUUCCGCCAACCGGCGCCAGGAUGGCGCUGGCAAAACGCGCUCCGCCUCCGAGGAAUCCUUCUCGCCCCUGGGUGGAGACCUCCGAAUCGACACCAUCGAGAAGCUGUUCAGUGUGUCUCCGGAGACGAAGGCCCUACCGCCCACACAGGUCCUCACAGCAUCCCCAGAGCAUUCACUCCCAAAGGAAUUUGGCAGCGAUCUAGACCUUGAGACGGUGGCUCCGUACAUCCCCAUGGACGGCGAGGACUUCCUCCUCUGCAUUCCGGAGUCCGCUCCGGGUUUUUACUCCGACUCCCCACUCCCCAAGAGCCCCCCGGGGGCCACGGGCCCACCUGGAACUCCGGCUACACCCCGCCACCUGCACUCCGGCAUCUUUCAGCCCCCCGAGUUCCAGCAACCGCUUCGGACCCUGGCCGCCCGCUCUCCAAUUUCCCAGCAUGCACCGCUUCCCGAGAUCAGCUUCCGCCUGGACGAGUUCGGGGUGUUCGGCCUCAACCGCCUGGAGGAGACGCGGCACGGCAAGAGCCCUCCUUCCCCCGCCACGGCGGCCGGCGCCGCCGCCACCGCGCCGAGCGCGUGGGUCCCGUCGACCCUCACGGCCAAGAGACCCAAGUUGGAUUCCCCCCGCGCGGCCGUGCCUCCCCGCAUGGGAGCGAACGCCCCAUCGCGGAUGCUGCCCCUGGCCUACCCAGCGCCGCACCAGCAGCAGCACCAGCAGCAGCAGGCGUACGCUCCAAGGCCGAGUGACGGUGCCCACUACGUGGAGAUGCCGGGGUCCCUGGCUCGGUUCUCCGGCCCCUUCAUGGCCCACGUCGUGGCGGCCACCGCCGCCGCGUCGUGCCGCAAGCGUCGGCUGAGCAACGAGGGAGCCGUGUCGCCGAUGAACCUCGCCACCUACGCCCAGCAGCCCGGCCUCGGUGCUUCGCUCGCCGUACAGCCCGAGCCAUACGCCGGGAGGGCGUGCGGACUCCCCGCCCACGGGGACUCGCGCUGGAGCGGAGACUGUGCCACCGACAAACUCGCCGGCCCUGGCAGGGGCCGCCAGGCCCUCUGCCGCAAACCCGCCACAGACGUGGCGAGCCGGCUGCUGGCCGGCGGGAGCUCGCUGCCCGAGCUGACGCGCUACGACUGCGAGGUGAACGCCCCCGUCGUCGACUGCCGCCGCCUGCUUCAGGGCGUCGAGCUCCUGCGCGCCCUGGACCAGACGACGUAAACGGGCAUGGGCACGAGCAAAACGAUGACGACGAGGACCGCCGUCGGAGCGCUCCUCGGCCUUACUCUGCCUUCCCCCCCACCCCGCCGCCCACCCCCGCCCCCGCCCCUUCCCACCGGUGUCACCUGGGCGGUCGGCCGAGACGACCGCGGCUCGACGUCCCCGUAGAUCGUUCUCCCCACACGCGGCCCAGCUUGGCCUCCGUGCCCGGCCAUGCGUUACGCACCAAGAAGGGGUGGUGUGGCCGGAGGGCUGACGCCCGGCCGGCGCUACGCGCGGCCAGUCUGUGCGGCUGUCGGGGCGCAUCGUGAUCUCGAAUUUGAAGCUGGGCGUGCUGCGCUUGGGUAUGUCACGAACUUGGCUGAAAGUUGAGAGCGCCGCACAUAGAGGUUGAGAUUGAACGGCAGACGGGGGCAGCACGCUAAUAGAGCCUCUUUGGUUUCAUUGGUGGCUUCUACUUUCUCAGAUAUACGCUCUCUCUCUCUCUUUAUUUGUAUAUGUACGUGUCCGUGUGUGUGUGUGUGCCUGCAGUGGCAUUUUGUUGUUUGCGCAAACCUUUUAAGAGGGUAUGGUGUGGCUAUCAUCAAGUCCGACCAGAACGUGCCUCAACAGUCCUGUACGGCUACGGGGGAGAACCUUGUCUUUGUAGCGGCAUGUCACUAUUAAGCCCUCCCUAUUUUGCGGCUGUUCUUAUCUGGAGAUCAGCUGCUGGGGUCUCGUAAACAGCUCCGAGAUGCCUGCAGCCAGGCACACAUCUGCAGUGGCGCACGAGUCAAAAAGAUGCCUGCCGCUGCAAUUGUUUAUUCCAGCCGCGUAUAUUAUUUUUUGGAGUCGCGUUUUAAGAUGAAUGGGCGGGAAGCUGGGAGCCACUCUCGCGUUGUCCUCUAAACGAUUCGUUAUUUCAGAGGGGCUCGCAGGGCCGAAUUUAGGCACACGGUUCACUAUGAAGUGGAUGCCACCAAGAUUAGAUGCAAGUGGGGACCGUAUUUUGUAAAAGAUAAGGGCGAUUAGCUCACGGGGUUGAGGUUGGUUUUGUGACCGCUAUUUAGUUUAGCGGGCAGAGCAUCGGAUCGUGUGCUAUAAAUCACUGACGAUGAGCGGCUGCUCUCCGUUAUUGCCGUACCGAAGCAUCCAAAACGAUGUGUUACGUUUGAAUUCUGGUGGUGGUGUCCAUUCUUGAUGUUCCCUACAGAAGUGAACUGCAUGAACGAGUUGCGUAGCGAUUGAACGUUUUUAUGGAGAUGAAUUCUUAAAAUGUAAAAGGAGAGGGCAGUUUUGGUAACUUUCGCUGACAUAGCACAGUAUCUGAAGACGUUUGGACAAAAGUAAAAAUAUAUAUAAAUUUGAUAUAAACACAAAAUGAGCCCGUUACUUUUUGUGGUUGCAAUGUAUUGAGGAAUGCAAGCGGCAGCAAUGGCACAGUUGCAUUGACCUUGCUUCCAUCAGACAUUUAGUGCAAUUGAGAAAACAAAUAUCCCUACUCCAAAGUAUUUAUCUUUUUUUGUGUUUGUCUCAUAAAUAUCGCUACAUCGUCCAUGUAUUUGUAAAAAAAAGAGAAAA